UACGCACGCGGUCGGGGACGUCAGGAUUGGACGCUGCAGGGGAUCCCCAGCACUCCGUUUCUGCCUCGCUUGGCGCAUCAUCAUUUUACCGGGAUGGGAGAUGCGAUUGUGCCGUCUCCCGUUUGCAGAGGGCAGCACUUGCAGAGCGCUGCUUCUCGCUGCUGCGAAACCGCAUCGUCCCCUUUCUUUUUCUCGCUCUGACUAUAUUAAUACGCUGCUCCUCUCCAAAAAGAAAGCGCAAAGGGGAACUCUUAGUUCACCUCUUGUGACCUGAACUAUGCUUUGAGGGGGAACUAAAACAUUAAGCCUUUGACUCUUUGUUACUUUGCGUUGUGUUUGAUAGCGUUUGGGACAGCCGACUCCAUCACCGCCACUCAUUAUUGGUGAUUCGAGGUGCUGACAGCCGCGCAAAUAGGGUUGCAUUGGAUAUGAAUAAUCCAUCCUCAUUCUCGCAUGGGCGGAGCUUUGAUUUCUAGAAAGCACACACUUUAAAAAAGCAUCUAACGAUAUUAACACAAGACAAUUUCUUCCGUCACAUUAAGGCAGCAGAUAAGAAUUCUUUGAAUGGUACCAAAGUGCUGAAAAUGAGGGUGCGCGUUCAAUAUUACUGGGUUUCGCUUUCUUGUUGAUUUACCGUUUUUAUAAUUAAACAGCGAGGCAGAGACUGACUGUGCCAAUCUCAAUGGAAGAAGUUUCUUGCUUUUUCCUUUUCUUUUUUUCGCCUUGUGUAGAGGAACCGGCAUACACGAGGGAGAGAACGCGCUGGGACAUACAGGAGGAGAUCUGCCCUCCAUCUUCCGUAAUCCAUUUUCUUCCUUUAAAUCUCUCUUUCUUUUUUCUCUCUACCUAUCUUUCUUCCUGUCAACUAAGCUGUUACACAGCAUGCCUCAAUGUUUGCCAGCAACACCAGUGGAAGCAUUAUGGAAGUGAAAGAGCAACGUCUAUACUGCUCACUCACUAAGGCCCACAAGGACAAGGAGGGGGCAUAUCCUGGGAACAGUGAAGACUGUGCUGUUGGCCACCAAGAAGUACGUGUUCCAACCCAGAAGUCUUACUCCUCUAGUGAGACCCUCAAGGUCUUUGACCAGCACCAAGACCAGACCAGGUUAUUUUAUGGGACAUCGAAAGGACACAAGGACAUGGUUCAUCGCGAACAAGAUGAGUACAGCAUAGAUGGUCAUCAUUUUAGUCUCCGUCAACUGGGCAUCUGCGAUCCACCAUCAGGCCAAGGCCUAGCAUUCUGCUCUGAGAUGUGCCUCCCCCACGGUGGUUUCUCUGUUGCUACAGCCCAGGACCAAGAUGUGGACAGUCAAGCUAUGAUGUCACCAGAGAGAGCUAUGCGGCUAUGGGACCACGGAGGUUUGGGAAAGUCAUCUCAGAGUUCCUGUUUAUCCAGCCGCUCCAACUCAGUGCUGACUCUUACCGAUACCGAACACGAGAACAAGUCCGACAGUGAGAACGAGCAACCAACCAAUCACCACAGCUCUACUCUGCCUCCAGUGGCAACCCCAUAUCGUCAGCAGCCCUCAGUAACAGCUCUCAACCAGUCACUAGGCUCUGCACAUCAUCCUGGUCAGUUGCUGAAUUCCACACGGCAACUAACUCCUCCUACUGGAAGCCCGGCUCCUGUGGCCGGCCAAUCACCUGCCGAGCUGCAGACCACAUCCCCAGAGAGCGUCCCGCUGCAAGACAGCUGGGUGCUGGGUAGCAAUGUGCCUCUGGAAACAAGGCACUUUCUUUUUAAGACAGGUACAGGUACCACGCCCCUCUUCUCCACAGCAACACCUGGCUACACUAUGGCGACAGGCUCAGUGUACUCCCCUCCUACUAGACCUUUGCCAAGAAACACCUUGUCCCGCUCUGCCUUCAAGUUUAAAAAAUCCUCCAAAUAUUGCUCAUGGAGGUGUACAGCACUCAGUGCCGUUGGACUGUCUGUACUGCUCUCGAUCUUGCUGUGUUACUGCAUAGCAAUGCACCUGUUUGGUCUGAACUGGCAGCUACAGGAGAGUGAGGGAUAUGGAGCAUUUGAAAAUGAAGGAGUGGGAAGAGAUACAACUCCCAACACCUUCAUGAUAUCCACAGACAAUGGUAAAAUCCUCCUAGAAAAUAAUACAAUAGACACAGGAGAAGUGGAUGUGGGCAGAAGAGCAAUUCAAGAUGUCCCUCCAGGUGUGUUUUGGCGGUCACAGCUUUACAUUGACCAACCACAGUUCCUGAAAUUUAACAUCUCAGUGCAGAAAGAUGCUCUUGUUGGAGUGUAUGGACGGAAAGGAUUACCACCUUCACACACACAGUAUGACUUUGUGGAGCUGCUUGAUGGAAGUCGACUAAUUUCCAAAGACAAGCGAUCCUUGAGUGACACAGAAACGACACUCGUAAACUCACUUGGAAGUUUUGAAAAGGACCCUGGAGGAGAGAUCCGUCACAGACGAUCAGUUUACACACACGAGGCUGGCUUCAUCCAGUACCUGGACACAGGCAUUUGGCAUCUGGCAUUUUACAAUGAUGGACGCAAUAUAGAACAAGUGUCUUACAAUACUAUCUUCAUCGAGUCGAUUAUGGAGUGUCCCCAGAAUUGUCAUGGAAACGGAGAUUGUCUCUCAGGAAUAUGCCAUUGUUUUCCAGGAUUUCUGGGGCCUGACUGCUCUCGAGCAUCCUGUCCUGUGCUGUGCAGUGGAAAUGGCCAGUAUUCCCGUGGACGCUGCCAGUGCUAUAGUGGGUGGAAAGGCACGGAGUGUGAUGUGCCCUACAACCAAUGUAUUGACAUCCAUUGUGGAGGACAUGGUAUUUGCAUUAUGGGCGCCUGCAUCUGCAAUACUGGUUAUCAAGGAGACAAUUGUGAAGAAGUGGAUUGCAUAGAUCCUAGUUGUUCAGCUCACGGGGUAUGUAUUCAUGGUGAGUGUCACUGUCAGCCAGGCUGGGGUGGAGCCAGCUGUGAAAUUGCCAAGGCUAUGUGUCCGGACCAGUGUUCAGGUCAUGGCACAUAUAACACAGAAACCAGCACCUGUACCUGUGACCAGAAUUGGACUGGGCCAGAUUGCUCAUUGGAGGUGUGUGAAGUGGACUGUGGAAGUCAUGGUAUUUGUUACGGUGGUCUGUGUCGGUGCGAGGAGGGAUGGACUGGAACCGUAUGUGAUCAGAAGGCCUGUCACCCACUGUGUAGCAAGAACGGUGUGUGUAAGGAGGGGAAGUGUGAGUGUGACCAGGGCUGGACUGGAGAGCACUGUAAUAUUGAGGGUUGUCCAGGUCUCUGCAACAACAAUGGGAGAUGCACCCUAGAGGCCAGUGGCUGGCACUGCAUCUGUCAGUCAGGAUGGAGAGGAGCAGGAUGUCAUGUAGCCAUGGAAACCCUUUGUACUGAUGGCAAAGACAAUGAAGGAGAUGGCUUGACUGAUUGUAUGGAUCCAGACUGCUGUCUGCAGCCCUCCUGUCAGAACCAGUUGUAUUGCAAAGGAUCACCUGACCCAGUGGAAGUCCUUGUCCAGUUCUCCUCUUCACUGGCCCCUCAGCAGACUGCCAGGUCUUUCUACCAGCGCAUCCACUUCCUCCUUGGUCCUGAGUCCACUCAUGUCAUAUCCAGUGACAGUCCAUUCAAUAAAAGUUUGGUGUCAGUAAUCCGUGGUCAGGUUUUGACAGCUGAUGGAACACCCCUGAUUGGAGUCAAUGUGUCAUUCGUCCACUACCCUGAACAUGGAUACACUGUUACACGGAACGAUGGCAUGUUCGAUUUACUGGCCAAUGGUGGAGCAUCCCUGACAUUAAGUUUCGAACGUGCUCCGUUCUUGACCCAGUAUCGAACUGUGUGGGUGCCUUGGAAGGUAUUCUAUGUGAUGGACACUCUGGUCAUGAAGAAGGAGGAAAAUGACAUUCCCAGCUGUGACCUGAGUGGUUUUGUCAGACCCAGUCCUGUCAUUGUCGCACCCCCACUGUCAAUGUUCUACAGAAGUUCACCUGAGGAUGGCCCCAUCAUACCAGAAACCCAGGUUUUACAAGAAGAAACCGCAAUCCCUGGCAGUUAUCUCAACCUGAUCUACCUAAGUUCAAGAGCUGCAGGUUAUAAGCCAGUCGUCAAAGUCACCAUGACACAGUCAUCUAUACCUUUUAACCUGAUGAAGGUUCAUUUGAUGGUGGCUGUGGUGGGACGUCUCUUCCAAAAAUGGUUCCCAGCUCAGCCAAAUCUUUCUUACACCUUCAUUUGGGACAAGACAGAUGCUUAUGGCCAACGUGUUUAUGGACUAUCAGAGGGAGUUGUGUCGGUGGGGUUUGAAUACGAGUCUUGCCUGGACCUGAUCCUGUGGGAGAAGAGAACGGCCGUUUUACAAGGCUACGAGAUGGAUGCUUCCAACAUUGGAGGAUGGACUCUCGAUAAACAUCACAUUUUGGAUGUACAAAACGGUAUCCUGUACAAAGGCAAUGGUGAGAACAUAUUUGUUUCCCAGCAACCUCCAGUCAUUAGCAGCAUUAUGGGAAAUGGACGCCGCCGUAGCAUUUCUUGCCCGAGCUGCAAUGGCCAAGCAGAGGGUAAUAAGCUAUUGGCACCCCUUGCUUUGGCAUGUGGAGCUGAUGGCAGUGUGUAUGUUGGAGACUUCAACUACAUCAGGAGGAUCUUCCCCUCUGGAAAUGUUACCAGUGUGAUGGAGCUCAGAAACAAAGAUUUCAGACAUAGCAACAACCCUGCCCAUAGAUAUUAUUUGGCUACUGAUCCAGUGACAGGACAGCUUUAUGUCUCAGACACCAACUCAAGACGACUCUACAGACCAAAGAACCUCGGUGGUGCCCGGGACCUUAUCAGUAAUGGGGAGGUUGUGGCUGGUACUGGUGAACAAUGUCCGCCAUUUGAUGAAGCACGGUGUGGAGAUGGAAGAAUAGCUACAGAAGCUCAGUUACUGGGACCUAAAGGGAUUGCAGUUGACAAAAAUGGUUUAAUCUACUUUGUGGAUGGGACGAUGAUCAGAAAAGUGGAUCGCAAUGGGAUCAUCUCCACAGUGUUGGGAAGCAAUGACUUGACUUCUGCACGACCUCUGACCUGUGAUACCAGCAUGCACAUAAGACAGGUUCGUUUGGAAUGGCCCACUGAUCUAGCAAUCAGUCCCAUGGAUAACUCCAUCUAUGUUUUGGACAACAAUGUUGUGCUGCAGAUCACUGAAGAUAGACAGGUAUUGUCUGUUCGUAUCGUGGCAGGCCGUCCCAUGCACUGCCAAGUACCUGGUAUUGAAUACACUAUGGGAAAAAAAGCUGUUCAGACCAUGCUAGAGGGAGCAACAGCCAUUUCCUUGUCCUACAAUGGCAUUCUGUACAUCACAGAGACAGACGAGAAAGAAAUCCAUCGCAUUCGACAGGUCUCAACUGAUGGAGAAAUUACCUAUGUUGCCGGAGCACCAUCUGAUUGUGACUGCAAGAAUGAUGCCAGCUGUGACUGUUACCAAACAGGAGAUGGUUAUGCAAAAGACGCACGACUUAAUUGUCCUUCCUCUUUGGUGGUAUCCCCGGAUGGGACUCUGUACGUGGCCGAUCUAGGAAAUAUUCGCAUUCGAGCAAUCCGGCGGAACCAACCACUUACUGGCUCUUUAGCAUCUGGUCCUAGCUAUUAUGAAGUGGCCUCUCCAGCCUCCCAGGAGCUCUAUGUGUUUGACUUGAAUGGAACGCACCAAUUCACACUAUCCCUAGUCACUGGAGACUAUAAAUACAAUUUUAGCUACAGCAAUGAGGAGGAUUUAACAGCAGUGACUGACAGCAGCGGUAACACACUCCGUAUACGUAGAGAUACCAACAGGAUGCCUGUACGUGUGGUUGCGCCAGACAAUCAGGUCAUCUGGCUGACCAUUGGAACAAAUGGGGGUCUGAAGUCUCUCACAGCCCAGGGUCAAGAGCUGGUCUUGUUUAGUUACCAUGGCAACAGUGGCUUACUAGCGACCAAAAGCAUCCAAAUUGGAUGGACUACUUUCUAUGAUUAUGACAGUGAGGGUCGUUUGACUAAUGUAACCUUCCCCACUGGCAUGGUUACCAAUCUCCACGGCGACAUGUCAUCAGGGGCAGUUGCUGUGGAUAUUGAGACGUCAGGGAGGGACGAGGAUGUUUCCAUAACGACCAACCUGUCAUCUAUCGACUCAUUCUAUACUCUGGUGCAGGACCAGCUUCGAAACAGCUACCAAGUGGGUAAUGAUCAUUCUCUUAGAGUCAUCUAUGCCAAUGGGAUGGAUACACAUUAUCAGACUGAGCCUCAUAUUCUGGCAGGUGCCGCCAACCCAACUGUGGCGCGACGCAACAUGACACUUCCAGGAGGGAACGGCCAAAAUCUGGUGGAGUGGAGGUUUAGGAAGGAACAGACUCGAGGAAAAAUCAUUGUCUUUGGAAGGAAGCUCAGAGUGAAUGGAAGGAACCUAUUGUCUGUAGAUUACGAUCGCACUUUACGAACAGAGAAGAUUUAUGAUGAUCACCGGAAGUUCCUUCUGAAGAUCAUUUAUGACACCCAAGGGCAUCCGACACUCUGGGUUCCAAGCAGCAAGUUACUUGCUGUUAACCUGACAUACUCCAGUACUGGGCAGGUAACUGGCUUGCAAAGGGGUCCAACCACAGAGAAAUGGGAGUAUGACAGUCAAGGAAGGAUCAUUUCCAGAGUAUUUGCUGAUGGAAAGACAUGGAGCUACACCUAUUUAGAUAAGUCCAUGGUCUUACUGCUGCAUAGCCAGCACCAGUACAUUUUCGAUUAUGACUCACGGGACCGCUUGUCAGCUGUUACCAUGCCAAGCGUGGCUCGACACACCAUGCAGACCAUCAGAUCCAUUGGCUACUACAGAAAUAUCUACACUCCACCUGAGAGCAACGCCUCAGUUACUGUGGACUAUUCUGAAGAUGGACAGCUCCUUAGAGUUGCCCAUCUUGGAACUGGACGGCGUAUAUUGUACAAAUAUCGCAGACAGAACAAGAUGGCAGAGAUUCUGUAUGAUUCAACUCGCGUCAGUUUUACAUAUGAUGAGACGGCAGGUGUGCUGAAGACGGUCAACUUGCAGACUGAAGGGUUUAUAUGUUCCAUACGUUACCGCCAAAUUGGCCCACUGGUUGACCGGCAAAUAUUCCGCUUCAGUGAGGAUGGGAUGGUGAAUGCACGUUUUGACUACACCUACGACAACAGUUUCAGAGUCACCAGCAUGCAGGCUGUAAUCAAUGAAACGCCACUGCCAAUCGAUCUCUAUCAAUUUGAUGACAUAUCAGGAAAAGUGGAGCAAUUCGGAAAGUUUGGAGUCAUCUAUUAUGACAUCAACCAGAUAAUCUCCACGGCAGUUAUGACCUACACCAAACAUUUUGAUCAGCAUGGUCGCAUCAAGGAGAUCCAGUAUGAGAUCUUCAGAUCUCUGAUGUACUGGAUCACCAUUCAGUAUGACAACAUGGGACGAGUCACUAAGCGUGAGAUUAAGAUUGGACCAUUUGCCAACACGACCAAAUAUGGAUAUGAAUAUGAUGUUGAUGGACAGUUGCAGACAGUCUCACUCAAUGCAAAAAUGAUGUGGAGGUAUAAUUAUGACCUAAAUGGGAAUUUACAUCUGUUGAAUCCGGGAAACAGUGGUCGGUUGACACCUCUUCGUUACGACCUCAGAGAUCGAAUCACUCGUCUGGGUGAUGUUCAGUACAAAUUGGAUGAUGAUGGUUUUCUAAGACAGAGAGGGGCAGAAAUAUUUGAAUAUAACUCCAAAGGUCUUCUUGUUCGGGUCUACAGUAAAGCCGGUAGUUGGACCAUCCAGUACCGUUAUGAUGGUCUGGGUAGGCGAGUGGCAGCAAGGAACAGUCUAGGACAACAUCUGCAGUUUUUCUAUGCUGACCUGAACUACCCCACCAGGAUCACACAUGUUUAUAACCACUCGAGCUCUGAAAUCACCUCCUUUUACUACGACUUGCAGGGUCAUGUUUUUGCUAUGGAAAUCAGCAGUGGAGAAGAGUUUUAUAUUGCAUGUGACAACACUGGCACUCCACUGGCUGUCUUCAGCAACAAUGGACUCUUACUUAAACAGGUGCAGUACACGGCGUACGGCGAGAUUUAUUUUGAUUCAAACCCAGACUUUGUGCUGGUAAUUGGUUUCCACGGAGGCUUGUAUGAUCCUCUGACACGUUUGCUACAUUUCGGAGACAGAGACUAUGACAUUCCCGCCGGGAGGUGGACAACCCCUGAUGUCAGCGCAUGGACCAGAGUUGGUAAAGACCCUCAGCCUUUCAAUCUUUACAUGUUCCAAGGCAACAACCCCAUCAGCAAAAUUCAUCAAGUCAAAGAAUAUGUGACAGAUAUCAACAUCUGGUUGGUCACAUUUGGAUUCCAUCUUCACAACGCAAUUCCAGGAUUCCCCAUUCCAAACUUUGACUUGACACAGCCAUCGUUGGAAAUGAAAAAAAGUCAGCUGUGGGAUGACCUACCUUCUAUCUCAGGCAUCCAGCAGGAGGUGACACGUGAGACUCGUGCCUUUCUAUCUUUUGAGCGGAUGCCAGAAAUCCAGCUGAGUCGACGCCAUACAGCCUACACUAAACCGUGGCUCUGGUUUGCGACAAUCAAGUCUCUCAUUGGGAAAGGAGUGAUGCUUGCCGUCAUCCAAGGCCGUGUGGUGACCAGCGCUCUCAACAUUGCCAACGAGGACUGCAUCAAAGUGGCCGCAGUCCUAAACAAUGCAUUUUACCUGGAGGAUCUGCAUUUUACUGUGGAAGGACGGGACACCCACUACUUCAUCAAGACAAGCCUGCCCGAGAAUGAUCUUGGCGCACUUCGGCUCACUUCGGGACGUAAAUCACUCGAAAAUGGCGUGAAUGUGACCGUGUCACAGUCUACAACGGUGAUGAAUGGCCGAACACGGCGCUUUGCUGAUGUGGAGCUGCAGUAUGGGGCCCUGGCACUCCACGUGCGUUAUGGAACAACGCUGGAUGAGGAGAAGGCACGUGUCCUGGAGCACGCCAGGCAGAGGGCCUUGACAAGCGCCUGGACCUGUGAACAGCAGCGCGUCAGAGAUGGCGAGGAGGGAGUUCGGCUGUGGACAGAGGGAGAGAAAAGGCAGCUGCUGAGUGGUGGGAAGGUUUUGGGUUAUGACGGGUAUUACGUCUUGUCCAUAGAGCAGUACCCUGAGCUAGCUGACAGUGCCAACAACAUCCAGUUCUUGCGUCAGAGUGAAAUAGGGAGGAGGUAACAGGGCAUUAGCUGAGGCUUUAUUUCUACACUGAGGACUGACGAAGACUCCAAAAAGAUGAAAAACAAAUUGUCUUUGAACAGUAAAUGGAUGUCACAGACUGAACUGUCUUCAAAGUCCAAGGUAGACACAAAAGAGCCUCCAUGUUUGCAUAUCUAUUUUUCUCUGAGGACAAUAAGACACUAAAAAGAUAAUGAAACAAUCAGAUCAACAUAACUGAGAUGAAACAAUAACAAUCUGAUUUAAAUUCCAAGAAACAAGAAAACCUUCAGUCUAAUGACCGUCUUUCUUUCUUAGGUUCUUCCUGUCUCUCUUUUCUCUUUCUUUCUCUUUCUUUGAAAUGCCUUUGAACAAACAGCAUAUGCAUGCAUGCUCCACCCUCUCACUCAAUCUUUGGAAGGUGGAGCUAACCUGAAUGUUGUGUGUCAUGCUGUCAAGCUGUGAUUACAGCAGAAGUACAGACUGGUUUAGCAUAUACAACAGCUGUCAUGGCUGAAUGAGUUGCCAAGCACUUCAACAGUUCUAAACUGUCUGAGCAGAGAACAAAACAAAUGUCUGUGGAUCCCUGGUGGAUGUUGCCAGUAUCGUUAAACCGUGGAGUCAGAUGUAACUUUCACCAUUGCUGUUUGACCCCUCACGGGCCAAUGUCUAUAAGGAUCUCUUGUUGUUUAUGGCUGGCGCAAUCAAGCAGAACUGCUGUGGACUUUCUCCAAGAGAGAAUAGCACAUAAAAUGACUAUGAUUUGUAUGAAGGAAAGUAAAGGAUAAAUUUGUUUGAAAAUGUUUGUUUCGUAUUUUAUCAAAACAUUGUAUUGUAUUUGCAUUGGGGGAAAAGGGGGAUUAUAAAAAUGAAGAAAAAAGUGUUUACAUAAUAUUACAGAUACCAUUACUACUGUAACUAUAAUCAUCACCACCACCCCAGGAAUGGACUAUGAUCUUAAUCCAACAAAAUCUGACAUUUCAAGGUUUUUUUUUUCAUAUUGCUAACCAGAACCUAUGAUAUGUUUGAUCAGUUGUCAUGAACUUCUCAUAUGCAUCCCCGCUACAUCAACAACUCCAUGAAGGAGACAGGAUAGUGCUGUAGGUGUUUAUGGUUCUCUUUGGAUGGACUGUGUGGUUCUGCAUAACACUGAUCUGCUUCUAAGUCCAAGAGUCCUACAAUUCUGCAAAAUGUGACUCAGUCUUAUAAUGCAUAGAACUUGUGUUUUUAUCGGUCAAAGUUGGUAGUAUCGCUUGCAAUAGAAACAUGUUGUCGUGGUUUUUUUUUGGGGGGGGGGGGGUGGAGUUGCUGUGAUUAGUAACUGUUGUUGCUUCUCUCAACAUAUUUGCUUGUCUCUCUUUAAGAGGAGAGUGUAUUGCUGUCAGUGACUUUGAGUAAGUAAUCAAGAAUCAAGAGUAUGUUUUUCCAUUGACUGUAGGUCUUUGUAUUAUUAGAGGUUUUCUUGUGUGUGUUUGUUUUCAAGGGUGGGAAGUAGAGAUGCACCGAUCCGAUAUCUGGAUCGGAUAUCGGCCCCGAUAUCAACAAAAUAGAUGGAUCGGGUAUCGGAAAAUGCAGCCGAUCUGUGAGCCGAUACUUUCCUUAAUCUAUUGGGACGCGGGCUACGUCAUACGUCAGCAGCACGUGUGCCGCAUGCCACGAGAGUUUUCUAAACAAACGCAAACAUGGAGCGAACGUUCGCUUCUCUUCCCCGGGUUGCUAAGCGGACGUCAAACCCUGCGCGUUCGCUUCUCUUCGGGUUGCUAAUGGGACGUCAAAGGCUGCGCGUUCGCUUCUCUCCCGAAUGGGGGGGGGGGUGUGUGUGGAGGCUAAUCGGAUGUCAAACGCUGCGUGUUCGCUUCUCUUCCGGGGGGGUGUUAAUGGGACGUCAAACGCUUUGUGUGGCGGGCUCCAUCUAGUGUGGAAACUGAGAAGCUGAGCUCAAGCUUCUUGUGCGGGCCAUAUUCAAUUAUGUUUUCAGAAUUUGCUGCGGGCCAAUAAAAACUGGACCGUUAGUUUGGACACCCCUAAUUUAGAGCAAAGAACUGUGUAGUCUGCCUGAUGCCAUUGCCUUUGGUCUUUUCUGUUUCACAUGUAGAGUUAUGUAGCUUGUUAAGUCAACCAUAAUAUCGGAUCGGUAUCGGGUAUCGACCGAUACGCAAAGCCACGGCAUCGGUAUCGGUAUCGAAACUGAAAAAGUCGGAUCGGUGCAUCUCUAGUGGGAAGGCAAUCUGAAUCAUUUUAAAGACAGUAUACUAAUACAGAGCAUUUACAUCAUAUGCCAAGACAAUUGAGACAAGUUAAUGUGUUAUGGAUUCAUCAUUUUUAUAUUGAAGGUUGAGAAAUUGCACUUAACAGUUCAAUACUAGUCUCAGAGAAAGUAAUUUAUGUACAGUGUUUCUACAGUAAACAAUAAAAACUUUGAAACUCCCA